AUGGCUGGAGAUCGUGACAACCACAGGCGCAAUAGCUCAGAAGGACAUCGAAGCAGAAGUCAAAGUCGAGAUCGACGUAAUAGUCGUGAUCGUGAGAAACGGAAUUGUGGUAAGGAUAGGUACCGAAGGAAGAGCAGGGAUCGACAUAGGAAUGACCGGGACAGCAGGGAAAGACGGGACAGCAAGGAUAGACGGGUCAGUAGGGAUAGACACAGAAACAGCAGUAGAGAUAAGCGUAAAGCCAGCAGCGAGAGAAGUAGAAGCAGAGAUCGAAUCAAAGAUAAAUAUAAGAGUCGGGAUGGUGGUAGCGGACACACAAGUAGUAGUAGAAUGAUACAUCGAGACAGAGGUCGGAGUUCAUACAAAGAAUUCAGUGGCGGCGGAUUGGGAGGAGGUCUCGGCGGGGGAAGCCUUGCACCUCGUAGUCGCUUCAAGCCUCAAGAGGAAGAGUUUCUUGAUGCUCGGAGAGAAGAGAGGGAAAGGAUCGGAGAAAUUGGAGUUUCAUCAGUAUGGGGGAAAUCACCCAUAAGAGAUGAUUCAGAGGAAGAACCUCCAGAUUUGCCGUCUGAAAAUGGCAAAGACAAGAAGAAAAGUAAGAAGUCCAAAGAUAAAGACACGAAACAGAAGUUAAAGAAGUUGAAAAAGAAACUCAAAAAGGCAAAAAAGGCUCGAAAAAAAGCAAAAAAGAAAUCCAAAAGUUCUAGCAGUGAGAGCUCGAGUAGUGAGGAAGUGUGGGUUGAGAAAGGAAAGGAAGAUGAAGUAGCAAACAAAUCAUCGAAGACAGAUGAGUUAGCAACAGAAGCAUUCGGUCCGUUGCCUCGAGUGGGUCCAGCAUUGGGUCACAAAGACUUCGGGAGAGCUUUACUACCAGGAGAAGGGGCGGCCAUGGCUGCUUAUGUUGCUGAGGGAAAGAGAAUUCCACGGAGAGGAGAGAUAGGACUCACCUCUGAUGAAAUCGCUUCAUAUGAGGCUGUUGGAUACGUUAUGAGUGGUAGCAGACAUCGUCGUAUGGAGGCCGUCCGUAUCCGUAAAGAGAACCAGAUCUACAGCGCGGACGAGAAGCGCGCGCUGGCCGCCUUCAGUAAGGAGGAGCGCUCCAGGAGGGAGGCAGCCAUACUGUCGCAGUUCAGGGACGUGCUCAGCGCGCGCGCCCGCGAGUGA